UCGGUCUUCGUCUGCGCUCAACCUUGACUGAUAAGGGGGAAAAAAAGUUGUUUUGUAUAGAAACGAGCAUUGUUUUGAAAAACGAUUAGAGAUCUAGAUCCAGAUACAGAUAUUAGAUAGAUCUAGAUCUAGUCGUAUUAGACUAUUAACUAUAGUAAUUUAGUAGGCCUAUAGCGCAUCUCAAUAAAUAAAUAAUUAAAUAGUAGGCCUAUAGGUCAGUAUAGGGCCUACAGUACUACAGAGUAGGCAUACACUUACUACACUAAUAAAAGCUUUUUAUAGAUGGCAACAGAGGAUGGAGGCAUUAGUAGAAAGAAGGUUCACAAUGGAGUCCCAAUGCAGCGCAAUACCUCCCUUAUUGGGAAAAAUCCAAAGACAGCCAAAGUUUUGGUCAUAUAUACUGGUGGAACUAUUGGAAUGGUUAGCCAGAAAGGAGCUUAUGAGCCCAAACCAAAUUGUAUGAUUGAUAAACUGAAAGCCAUGCCAAUAUUCCAUUAUACUGAGGAUACAACUUUUCUAACCCCAGAAGAGGCAGACCAAUUCCUAGUACUUCAGCCCUCGGUCAAGACACGGCGCCAUGUCAUAUAUCGUGUACUGGAGUUUGAUCCUUUGCUGGACUCUUCCAACAUGUCUUUCUGUGAAUGGGUCAAAAUAGCUGAUGCCAUCAAGGACAGCUACCAGGAUUAUGAUGGUUUUGUUGUACUGCAUGGUACUGACACCAUGGCCUAUACUGCUUCUGCUCUUUCAUUCAUGUGUGAAAAUCUAGGCAAGCCCAUCAUCCUAACAGGCUCACAGAUACCAAUAUUUGAAACUCGGAGUGAUGGCAGAGACAACUUUCUUUCAUCAUUGAUCAUAGCUGGAACAUACUCUAUCCCUGAGGUGAUGAUAUGCUUCAAUGAUAAAGUGUUCCGUGGUAACCGCUGCAUCAAGGCAGACUCCAGUAGCUUCUCAGCCUUCACUUCCCCCAACAUGCCCCCCCUAGUUACACUUGAGAUUGAUAUCAAAGUUGACCACACAUCUAUAUUUAGACCAGGAACAACAGAGAAGUUUACAGUCUCAAGAAACAUGUGUUGUAAUGUUGGUUUGCUGCGCUUGUUUCCUGGGAUCACAUUCCAAACGGUGCGUGCAUUUCUCCAGCCACCAGUGCAGGGUGUUGUGUUGCAGACCUACGGAGCAGGGAACGCACCAACCAAUCGUCCUGAUAUCUUAGGGCUGCUACGGGAGGCUUGCAAUUGGGGCGUGCUCAUUGUCAACAUCACACAGUGUAGCAUAGGCAAUGUCAGCGCUACUUAUGCCACUGGAUUGGCUCUAAAAGAGAUGGGAGUGAUAAUGGGAGCUGACAUGACACCUGAAGCUGCACUCAUGAAGCUCAGCUAUGUGCUGGGCAAGGAAGAGUGGACCAUUGACCACAAGCGUGCGAUGCUGGCCAGGAAUCUCCGUGGUGAGAUGACCACAAUGUUAGGCGAGCAGCUGUCCAUAACAGACUCAGAGCUGAUCGAUAGUGUGGCCAGAUACAUGAGUCUGAGCACAAGUGAUGAAAUCAGUAAAGUGAAAGACGCCAUCUACCCCUGUCUGAUGUGUGCUGCAGCCAAGUCAGGUGACAUCCCAGCCCUGGAGAAGCUGCGUGCCUCAGGAGGUGACCUUGCAUUACAGAACCAAGAUGGCAGGACAGCCCUGCACGUGGCCUGCAGGAAAGGUCGCAUCAAUGUGGUCCACUACCUGCUGAACCAUGGGGUCAGCAUACACCUCAAGGACUAUCGCCAGGAGACAGCCUUGAUUGAUGCCAUAGAAGGUGGACAUAUAGACAUCAUUAGACUCCUGGUUCAGACAGGUGCCAACCUGCCCCUGCCACAGUCCGUCAUGGCUGUCCGCAUGUGCAGUGCUGCUGCAGCAAAUGAUGUCAAGUCACUGGAAGCUUGGCUAGCAGCAGGUGCGUCCCCAAACUUGAAGGACUAUGAUGAGAGAACCCCCUUACAUGUGGCUGUGAGCCUGAACUGCAAUGAAGCAGCUGAACUGCUGUACAGAGCCGGAGCCCACACAGACCUUCCUGAUGUCUUUGGCAACACGGCCCACAGCUUGGCUGACAAGAUUCAGAAUGUCAAGUUUUUAAACUUAAUCAGCCACACUGAAAACAAUUAAUACUAUCUGUGUUGGACUGACCUGACACACCCAGUUGUGUGUGUUGGACUGACCUGACACACCCAGUUGUGUGUGUUGGACUGACCUGACACACCCAGUUGUGUGUGUUGGACUGAUCUGAGAUAGUCACAUUGCACUAGUCUUUCAUUAUUCCUGCCCUUUACCUUAGAUAUUAAUUAUACAUUCUCAUAUUCCCUUCAUCUUGACCCACUACAUGUAGAUCAUAUGAGAUUUGUGGUCAUGUUCACCAUACACAUCUGGUCAUCUUGACCGUACAACAUUUAGGUCAUUUUAGCUUUACACGUGGUCAUCUUGAUCAUACAACAUUUAGGUCAUUUUAGCCUUACACAUGUGGUCAUCUUGACCAUACAACAUUUAGGUCAUUUUAGCCUUACACAUGUGGUCAUCUUGACCAUACAACAUUUAGGUCAUUUUAGCCUUACACAUGUGGUCAUCUUGACAAAUGGGUCAACUACUUGUACAACAACGACCACAGGCCCAUGAAUCUCUAUCCUGCUGCCAUUCUUUACCAUGGACAAUUGAGUUUCCCUAGAGUGGAAACUAGUUUUCAUUUGGGGCUUAUAUUUUACAUGUGUUUAGUCAUGUCAACCAACUCUCUUCCCCCCCCCCCCCCCCCCUGAACUAUAAUAUAACAGAUCUAAUUAGUGAAUAAAUAUUUAGACGAGUAACAAGCAUGAACACUCAGUUUUGUGCCUAGACAUGACAGGUAUGGGCUACACGUAACAGUUAUGGGCUGCCCGUAACAGGUAUGGGCUACACAUGACAGUAUGGGCUACACGUAACAGUUAUGGGCUACACGUAACAGUUAUGUGCUGCACGUAACAGGUAUGGGCUACACAUGACAGUAUGGGCUACACAUGACAGUUGGCUGACUGAUGUUCUACCAAAAUUCAUGACGGGUGAUAAAAUAUUGUUUGACAUAUCUUUAAGAAUCUCAUUAUUUGUGCCAAGUAAAUGUGUAAUAGCUUGGCAAAUGGCCUUGAGUGUACUUUGUUAGUGUAGUAACCUUUGACCUCUUGUAGUGGACUCAAUAAAGCAAGCCCAUAAA